CAGCUCGGGCCUCCCGCAGCCAAGUAUCCAGAGAUCAAGGCUCUGAUGGGACCAGAUCCACACUUAAAGUGGAUUGUAUCUGGAAUGGUUUUUGUGCAGCUUCUAGCAUGCUACUUGGUGAAAGACUUAUCCUGGAAAUGGGUUUUCUUCUGGGCUUAUGCUUUUGGGGGAUGCAUCAACCACUCCAUGACCUUAGCCAUCCAUGAUAUUUCACACAACGUUGCCUUUGGGAACAAGCAGACCAAGUGGAACCGGUGGUUUGCAGUUUUUGCCAAUUUGCCUAUUGGAGUUCCUUACUCUGCCUCUUUCAAGAAAUACCACAUCGACCAUCACCGAUACCUUGGCGGGGACAGCCUGGAUGUCGACAUUCCCACGGACUUUGAAGGAUGGUUCUUCUGUACGCCGCUUCGGAAGCUGCUUUGGCUCUUCCUCCAGCCUCUGUUCUACAGUCUGAGACCACUGUAUGUGAACCCCAAAACCAUUACCCAGAUGGAAAUUUUUAAUGCUCUUGUGCAGUUUUCUGUAGACCUUGUAAUCUACUACUUUUGGGGGCUCAAACCUAUUAUUUACUUAAUAGCAGGUACAAUUCUUUGCAUGGGUUUACAUCCCAUUUCUGGGCACUUCAUAGCGGAACACUAUAUGUUCUUAAAAGGGUAUGAAACAUACUCUUAUUAUGGACCUCUGAACUGGCUCACCUUUAAUGUAGGCUACCACAUGGAGCACCACGACUUCCCCAGCAUUCCUGGGUGCAAGCUGCCAAUGGUGAAGAAAAUCGCAGCAGAAUAUUACGACAACCUCCCAUAUCACCAGUCCUGGAUUCGAGUUCUUUGGGCAUUUGUUUUUGAUGACACCAUAGGUCCUUAUUCGAGGGUUAAAAGACUCUGCAAACUGGCGAAAGCGCACGAGUAGGGCAGCUCCAGCUGCUGCCCUCCUGUUUUGUUUGUUUGUUUGCAUGAGCUGAGCUGUCAGCAGUGGUAUAGAAGGCUGGGUCUGUGUGUGUGUUCGUGUGCAUGUGCUGAAAUAGCACCCGCCUACGUCUCCUGUCUCCCUGGAAGAAUGAUGCAAUUGCAGGCACUAUUUUAGUAUAUUGAUACUUUUAAAUAAAGGAUGUAUGUUUAUGUAACACUGAUAAACUAGAUUAGAGAAAGCUAUGCUUGUGUGGACCUCUGGUCUAGACUUAAAAUUGACUUCCUCAUCCAGGAUUAAGUCUGUUUAAGUGUGUUUGCAGGCCUGGCUUGCAAAGGAGAGUGCUGUGUGUGUGGGUAUGUGUGUUUUGGGGCUGGUUUCUCUUCAGGCCAGCUUAGAUGGACCUAUUUUGCAUGCUAGGGCCCAUGCAAGCAGCGGGGCCUGAUGUGCACUAAUAAGUUAUGCCUUCUGUAAGAACCCAAGGGUACUUUUAGCUUGAAGUCUUUGCUAAACCAGUACCUUGCUUCUGACCACAGCUGAUAGCUCAGAUUUAGAAUAAAGAAGAGAAUAUGUAGA